AUGAGUUAUGAGUCAGAGGAUUUUCCAUCAAAACGCACCGUUUAUGUGGUGAUAUGUUGGAUUCUUGCUGCCUUCGGGGGUCUUAUGUUUGGUUAUGACAUUGGAAUUUCAGGAGGGGUAACCGCCAUGACUGAUUUCCUGAUAAAAUUCUUCCCUUCUGUAUAUGAGAAAAAGCUUCAUGCUAAAGAAGAUAAUUACUGUAAAUACGACAACCAGUAUCUUCAGCUUUUUACUUCUUCACUCUACCUGGCUGCUCUCUUUUCAAGUUUCGCCGCCUCAAAAGUCUGCUCAACAUUCGGUCGAAGGCCUACCAUCUUCGUAGCCUCGUGCUUUUUCCUGCUCGGAGCUGCCUUAAGUGCUGCUGCUCAUAACCUUUUCCUCCUCAUUUCAGGCAGGAUUUUUCUGGGUUUGGGAGUUGGAUUUGGCAAUGAGUAUGUUUUGCAGUCUGUUCCUUUGUUUUUGUCCGAGAUAGCUCCAGUUACUAGCCGUGGAGCAGUGAACAUUCUGUUCCAAUUAUUUGUAACUAUAGGAAUAUUCAUAGCUAAUCUUGUGAACUACGCAACCUCAAACAUGCACCCAUAUGGAUGGAGAUUGUCUCUAGGACUGGCCGGUGUGCCAGCCAUCUUCCUCUUCAUUGGCUCGUUGGUGAUCACUGAAACACCCACGAGCCUGGUGGAGCAUGGAAAAGAGGAAGCAGGCAUAAAAGCACUCAAGAAGAUCAGAGGCGUCCAAGAAGUAGAUGUAGAAUUCAAGCAAAUCAAGACAGCUUGCGACAUUGCAAGACAGGUCAAGCACCCAUUUAAGAAUCUAAUGAAUCGAUCUAACAGACCACCAUUGAUUAUCGGUAUCUGUCUUCAAGUGUUUCAACAGUUUACAGGGAUCAAUGCAAUUAUGUUCUACGCACCUGUGCUCUUCCAAACUGUUGGAUUCAAGAACGAUGCUUCGCUGUUGUCAUCUGUUAUUACCGGACUUGUCAAUGUGUUUAGCACUUUAGUCUCCAUUUAUGCUGUUGACAAGGCUGGUAGGAGGAAAUUACUUCUCCAAGCCUGUGUACAAAUGUUUAUCAGCCAGAGUGCGAUUGGAGUUAUUCUUCUGGUAAAUCUGAAAGCUACGAAUUCGCUAUCGAAAUCAGAAGCAUGGUUGGUGGUGGUUCUCGUGUGUCUGUUUGUAAUGGCAUUUGCUUGGUCUUGGGGUCCCCUUGGUUGGCUGAUACCUAGUGAGACAUUCCCUCUGGAAACAAGAACUGCAGGGUUUGCAUUUGCAGUCAGCUCUAACAUGCUCUUCACCUUCAUUAUAGCUCAAGCAUUCUUGUCGAUGAUGUGUCAUAUGCGAGCUUUUAUCUUCUUCUUCUUCGCUGCUUGGAUUUUUGUGAUGGGAUUAUUCACAAUCUUCCUUUUGCCAGAGACAAAGGGUGUUCCUAUUGAUGCCAUGGUUGACAGAGUCUGGAAGAAACAUCCUGUCUGGAAAAAUUAUAUGGAGGAUGCUGAUGCAGAUUCAAGAUCCAACAUUUAG